UGACAUAGUGUGAGAAGAGAAGAGCAAAAGGGGAGUGGAGGAGCACAAGAUAAAAUGGACCACAAGGGAGGGGGACAAAAGUCAUGAUGCAGUAUCCCACAGGAGACGAGUCAGUCUCUGAGUUUCCUAUGGCAAGUUAGAGGAGCCAAUCCACACAAAUCAGCCGAAGAACAGCUUGAGAGAUCUCCAUGGGGAAGAAGAGGAAAAAAGAUCAAUGGAGAGACGACACGAGCUCUUCCGAUAUCGAUCGGCGUAGGUCUUGCCACCGCCAGAAUGGUGAGACAAGCAGGCCAAAUGAUGGGAUGCCACCUCAAGAGGGGCUUUCAGACAUCUCCUUGGGUGACACGGUAAUCAAAUUGAUAGACGUCAUAGAGGUUAAAUUGAGCAUGGAGGAAAAAUUUAAAAGAAAAUUUCAAAAGCUCAAGGAAAAGAGGAAAAAAGACAAGAACAAGCAUGAGGAAGAUCUAAGAGUACUCAAGGAAGACCUCAGAAAACUCAAGGAAGAUCACGAAGAGCUCAAAUUACAAAUCCAAGAGAUGCGAAAAGAAGAGUGUGCUGAAGUAAAUCAUUACAAGUCAUCCCAAUCUCAAAGAUCACAACUAAGCCAAUCAACAAGAUUUCGACUAGUAAUUGAAAAUAGUGUGGGCAGAACAAUUUACAAAAAGGAAACUGUAAAGACUGAGGGUGGUAGAGAUCACAUAAAAGUUGUCAUGUACGAUGGUGGCAAUCCAAUUGCAUCUGACCACCAUCUUGCUUCAGUAAGAGUUGAGCUAGUUGUCAUUGAAGGAGGGUUUGAUGAAAUGCGAGAUUCGUGGUCAAAAGAGGAGUUUGAGAAAAGCAUAAUAAAACCGCGAAGAACAACGACAUUGACAAGUCUAGUGAAAAAUUCUACAUUUAAUCUGAUUCGUGGGAGUUGUGACCAUAAAGAUGCCAUUAUUAUGGAUAAUUCGCAGCAAAGGGAAGUUAAGCUUGGAGUAAGGAUCACAGUGCCUACAGAAACAAGAGUUCUCGAAGGAGUAUCAAAUCCUUUUAAAGUGCAGGAAGGCAAGACGAAAAAGCCAGCACCAAAGAAAACGGGUAAAAAAACUUCUCCAGUUCCAACGCGAAACUUGGUACAGACGACCAGCACCACGCAACACAACAUGACCGUGGGAAGCAUUCAGGAUUUCCGGCUGAUGUUACUGCAGAUGAUAAUGGACUGAGUUAUCCACCAGCUACCAUGCCACCUGUU